AUUCCCCUGUUAAAAUCACGAUGUCGCUGUAAGGAGAAAACAGUCAAAUCCCACGACCGUGUUUCCCCAAGCAGAGCCUUCAACAUGGCAGGCGAGGAGGAGAGGGGGGUAGUGCGAGUCAAAGUCAAGAAAUGCGAUUGGGGGCUUCCAGCGGAAUUUCGCUCCUUUGCUGUUGAUCCUCAGAUAACGUCGCUGGAAGUGCUACAACACAUCCUCAUCCGAGCAUUUGACUUAAACGGAAAACGGAAUUUUGGGAUCAGUUACCUGUCUCGGGAUCGGAAUGGUGAUGAAGUCUAUUUAUCCCUACUGUCUGACUGGGAUUUGGAUGCUGCGUUUGUUAGUGCAGCCAAACCUUAUUUACAACUGAAGAUGGACAUCAAGCCUUCAGAGGAUAGUCCUGUCAUGGAGGAUUGGGAUAUCAUAAGUCCCAAAGAUGUGAUUGGCUCAGAACAGCUUCCUGGGGAGAAGGCAAAGUCUUUGGCAUCUGCUGCUCUUCCCUUCACGCAGUCUCUAUUGUCCCAGAUGGGCCGGACCCUAUCUAGAGUGCAGCAGGCCUUGAGCUGGUCUUAUGGGGAAGAGGUCAAGCCUUUCAAGCCCCCACUAAGUGACACCGAGUUUCACAGUUAUCUCAAUGGGCAGGGCCAGUUGACACGGCCUGAGGAAUUGAGGCUACGGAUCUACCAUGGCGGUGUGGAGCCAUCAUUGCGCAAGGUUGUGUGGCGCUACCUUCUCAAUGUGUACCCUGAUGGGCUGAGUGGUCAAGAAAGAAUGGAUUAUAUGAAGAGGAAGACAAGAGAGUAUGACCAGCUGAAGAGGGAGUGGACUGCCAGGGUUAGCCACGAGGAGCUUGAAUUUAUCCGUGGCAAUGUUUUAAAGGAUGUCCUGAGGACUGACCGUGCACACUCUUACUAUGCCGGGUCAGAGGACAGCCCCCAUCUCACUGCCCUCACAGACCUCCUCACAACAUUCGCCAUUACACAUCCACAGAUAUCCUACUGCCAGGGUAUGAGUGACAUAGCCUCCCCAAUACUUGCAGUAAUGGACAAUGAACCUCAUGCUUUCAUUUGCUUUUGUGGCAUAAUGAAACGCUUAGAGGGGAAUUUCCGGCCUGAUGGGCAACUCAUGUCUGUUAAAUUUCAACAUCUGAAGCUGCUUUUGCAGUACUCAGACCCAGAAUUUUAUUCCUAUCUGGUUUCCCGUGGAGCUGACGAUCUCUUUUUCUGUUACCGCUGGCUUCUUCUCGAGCUUAAGCGGGAGUUUGCCUUUGAUGAUGCUUUGAGAAUGCUGGAGGUUACUUGGAGUUCCCUGCCCCCAGAUCCUCCUGAAACAGAAGUUGAACUUCAGGGACCACCUCUGGAGACAGACACCACAGUGUCAUGUACUGAUAAAGAUCAUGUUAUAGAGCAGUGCCUUGAAAAUGAUGGGGGCCAAAAAGAGAGACAACGCAGGAGGCACAUGCUUAGGCCUUCAAGAGAGGAACCUGAUGCGGGCAGAAAGGUUGAUUUUGAAGAAAAGGACAGGCAGUACAUAGGAGCUGGUAAGGAAUGCGAGAAUGAUUGUGAUAUACCUGGUGUGGCAAAAGAAAGGGUGAUUUCGCCGGUUCCUUCUCUUGAGAAGCAAACUAGUUUUGGUGAAUUUAAAUACUACUGUGCUCGAAAUGAGGAUAGCUUUUAUAUGGAGGACACAGAGCCUUCUGAGGAACCUCUUGACUUUGUGGCCUCACAGCCUGUAUCAAGUAUCCCAAGUCGACAGUCUACAGUGGACAGUGAGGACGAUCCUGGUGAAAGGGCACCUCUUAUAAAGAACAUUGACAGUAGCUUAUCUCCUGAGAUUGAGGGGAAGAGUUCCUCUCAUGGGCAAACAGAAUGCUUAGGUCCCCUUUUUUUGAGUGGCCUACCAAGCUGGAAAACCAGCUCCUCUCAAUCCCCUACAUCUUCUGCUUCACCUACCAGUUGGCCAGAUGUUUCUCCAGACUCAGCUUCUCCAAAAUACACAUGUCCGACUAUAACCAAUGGGAGAGUUGCCUCACCAGGAAUAUCCCCAAGACUAUUGACUUCUUCAGCCUCCAUGCUAAGUAACACUGGGACCAACUCGCCCACAACUCCCACUGUGAAAACCUCUAUUGCCUCUCCAUCUCAUGUUCAAAAUCCAUCUCUGCGCUUGUCUCCCAUUUUGUCCUCAUUGUCUGGCGGCAAACCAUUUUCAAACAACCUCCCUUCUCCUGGCAUCAAGUCCCCCAGCACCACUGCUAACACACCUAAUUCUUCAAAGGCAGAGAGUAGUAGCAUCAAACCAUGUUCACUGCCUCCACCUCAAGAGUUUGGCAAAGGGAACCCCUUCAUGCUGUUCCUGUGCCUGUCCAUCCUACUGGAGCAUCGAGACCACAUCAUAAAGAACAGUUUGGAUUAUAAUGAACUAGCCAUGCACUUUGACCGCCUUGUUCGCCGCCAUAACCUUAGUAGGGUCUUGCAGCGAGCCAAAGCUUUGUUUGCAGACUAUCUGCAGAGUGAGGUUUGGGACUCUGAGGAAGGGGAUGAAGUCAGCUUAGACUCCCCAACUGCAGCUUCUGUUGUUCAUCACUCCCCAUCUUCAAUGAUCUCUGCCAGGCCCAUUUUCACACCUUUAGCAUCGCCUCAGCCUUCAUCCCUAAAUUCGACCUAUUCCCUGGCUUCCACAAUUCCAUCCCCAAUUGCUCAAGUCCCUGUUUCUCAAUCUUCCUGAUUUCCUUGUGUGUCAUUGACCUCCCAUCCUCAAUAAACAGACUCUUUAUAUCAGUUUGAAGGUGUUUAUCCUUUUUGAAAGCCUACAUUUAAUUGGGCUAUUACUAUACUUAUGCUAUGUAUGCUUCAAAUAAUGUAGUCAUCCCAGUGUCUUGUUAAGGAUCACAGCUGAAAUUCCGUACUUGAUAUAUACAUGAAAGCUAAAGCUAAACUGUAGCUAAAGAAAGUAUGUAAUGUUUGAAAAAAGCUAAAUUCCAACACCAGGCCUUGUGUUACAAUUGUGCUUUCUAUUGAGUUUUAAAUUAAACAUGGGAAGAUUUUGGCUAGAGAAGCAAGAUUUUCAACAUACUCGGCAUUACUUCUUUAACUGAUAUGUUGGCUGAUACGAGAGCAGUUUUUCAGAGUAUUUGCAAAGGUUUUAACUUGUUAAAUCUGCAGGAGAUGUCAAAGCUGCAAAGCUGGAGUCUACAAUGUCUGGUUCUACAAUUUUUGCCAGUGAUUAUAAACAAAUAUUUAUGGAUUUAAUUCAUCUUCAUUCCGUUUUUUUUUUUCUUCAAGUUUUUGUUAUUCAGAGUAAUGUGUCUUAAUCGAAUCAGUCCAUUUUCAGGUACCACUGCAUCUUUUAGAGCCUCAUUCAAAUUCAUCUAGUUUUCGAUUGAUACUGAGCCAAUAAUCAAAUGAAGGAUGCUUUUGGCAGCCCAUGAAAUUGUUUGACACCUUUAAAUAUUUUGUUUUCUUGACAGUCACGAGGAUGAUAACAAGGAGAGGAUUAAGAAUUUGGGAUGUUACCUGACCUAGAUUUUUGGCCCUGGUAGUGAAUAUGCUGCUGCAAGCCUCAGCAUUUGUAGUGUGUAUUAUCUAAAGCAGUUGAAAUAUCAGUCAGAAUUAUUUAAAAAAAAAGGCAUUACACAUUAA